ACUUCUGUUCUCAUCUGGACGUUUCUACGUGUAACCAAUAAUAUGGACGAAAAGAUGUCCGUUUUAGAAGAGCUCGGAAGGACUAGCAAAGGUCGAUUGCGGUACUCGAAAGACGUGGAGAUCGGCACCAAGUCGGGAGACGCGGCCGGUUGGCUCGGUAGACUGGUGGUCAGGAUCAACGAUGUGGAUCAGGUGCUGUCUGCGCUGGAAGCGGAGCUACAAAACGAGCAGAACGGAGAAUCGCCGAGAUCUAAGACCCAAGAAGGAUUGUCUCCUCCUAACAAACCAUCACAGAGGGGCACUCAACACAAAGAAACCAUCCAUGCUCGUCCGCAAGCAUCCCAGGACUUGAGCCCUAAAAUCAUACCACCGGCAAAAGGACCUACAGGUUCGUCGGAAAAUGGCGGAGACAUCGUCAGGGCACAGCUCCAGAAAAGCGUCUCCGUGUACGAGCAAGAACGUCAGGAAACAGUCAAGGAAACAGUCGUCAAACAGAAGAUACAGAUGGAGCAGCAGAUAGCAGGUCUGUGGCAGCAGGCACAGCAGCAGCUGUCCAUCCUGCAGGACCAGCACAGACUGAACAGCAGGAGACAGCAGGACAAGGUCAACAACCUCCUGCUGCACCGGGGAGAGAAGAGUCAGCAGAGAAUCCAGCAGUUGGAGGAGGACCAUCGCCAGAGAGCCAGGCAUCUAGACGCGCAGUUACAGGAGGCCAUUGUACGGCAAACCCAGCAGCAGCGCAGAAAGCAGGCUUACGCACUAGAGAAGUUAAGACAGUUGAUUAAGCAGCAAGAAGAAUCGAACGAGGCAGCCCAGGCCAUGACGACACUCCUGUCUGACUUUGGACAGAAGGACGCCCUGCCAGCAGAUGUGCUGAGCGAUGCUCACAGAGCGAUGAUGUUGACAUCCAACCUGACAAGGCAAGUGUCUGCAGCCAGCCAGGCUGGCGGUACGACUGACCAAGUUCUCCAGCUGGCUCAAACCACUCUCGCUGAGGUCAAGGCCAUAAAAACGAAGGUGGUACAGGCGGUAGAGAAGGCCCGAGAGGAGGCCAGGAAGGCUGAUGAGGAAAGAGCCCGGCAGGCACAGGAGCAGGCCAGGGUGCAGGCUGCAGAGCAGGAGAAACAAGCAGCUCUGAAACAGGCGGAGAAGGCAACCGCGGAGAAAGCAGCUGCAAAAACCUCCUCCACCAAACCAGCAGUCCCUGCCGACUCCAAGGAAGCGUUCCUAUCCACUUACACACAGAAUAUCAAAAGGUACAGGGAUCUCCAAACUAACUUAGACACUUGUGUCCAGUCCUGCCUCCCCCUAGCCAAACCUACAGACUCGCAGCUGAAGAAGUACGCGUUCGAUCUACAGAAGGCCGUGAACACUCCACUGAACGCCAUCUCCUCUCACUCAGCCAGCCAUGUGACAGACAAGCUGGAGAGGCUGUGCAGGCUGCUGCAGGGACAACAGGUGGAGGUCAGCGACAAGCGAGUUUCCGCCACCAGCCACCCCAUGGCGACCCUCUACUGCAAGGAACUGCUGGCCAGGAAGUUCAUGAAGCAGGGCAUCGAGCAGAUCGCGUCAAACCACGAGUCGGCCUUCCCCAUCGCCGCGGUCGCUGUCGGCGUGUGGAUGGAGUUCCCUGACGUAGGCGAGCUGCUGAUGGCUCACUUCCACCGGGCCUGUCCCUACAUCGUGCCGUUCUACCCCCCGAGGUUGGACGGUCAGUCGGACGAGGACUUCUACAAGUCCAAGGGGUACGCCUACAAGGAGGGGACAGUAGAAAAGCAGGACAAGUUUCUCAAGCGCAUGUCGGGUAUCAUGCGGCUGUACGCCGCCAUCGUGCAGACGGAUACAGGGUCCAAGAAGCACCCCCACGGCGUGGCGCACGGCUGGUGCUGGCUGUCCAGCGUCAUCAACCUGGACCCUGAGAUGGACGUGACGGCCACUCUGCUGUACGACUUCCUACAGGUGGCUGGCCAUGCCCUGAUGAAGACCUACGGGAAACAGUUCCACAAACUGCUGCACAUCCUGUGUCGGGACUACUUCACACAGAUUCAGGCGGUGACAGGCGCCGGCCAGGGCGGGCCCGUGUCACGGCUGAAGGGGCUGUUAGAGGAGUGCAUCAAGACACAGAGAAUCGCUACACCUAAAGGGAUGCUGACGUCUGUCUUCUGGACAUCAUAGUGCCUUUAGG